AUCUCUGACACCAAGAUGCGUGCAGCCAAGAGAGGCUGGAGAAGCCGAUUGAAACUUGACAGCCUAUCCUUUGACUUGUUUAGCAUUUCCAACCUCUAUAUACCUCUGCGUUGUCCAUCUCCUUCUCUGUCUCCUUCAUACUGUGUUGUGGCAGUGUUCCAAGGCCAGGCGAUCGACCUCAAGAAUCCAGUGGGAAGAAGACGUGGGGGUGGAGCCACAGGCGAUCGAGCUGCAACAUCUGCCGCCAUGGGGAGGGCUCCAUGCUGCGACAAGGCAAAUGUCAAGAAAGGCCCCUGGUCUCCGGAGGAAGACAAGCAGCUGAAGGAGUACAUGGAGAAGCAUGGAACAGGUGGAAACUGGAUCGCUCUCCCUCAGAAAGCUGGUCUGAGGAGGUGUGGGAAGAGUUGCAGGCUGAGAUGGCUCAACUAUUUGAGGCCUAACAUAAAGCACGGGGAUUUCUCCGAUGAGGAAGAUAGGAUCAUUUGCAGCCUGUUUGCUAACAUCGGAAGCAGAUGGUCCAUCAUAGCAGCCCAGCUUCCGGGGAGGACUGACAACGACAUCAAGAACUACUGGAACACCAAGCUGAAGAAAAGGCUCAUGGGCCUACCGACAUCCCACAGAAAGCCUCAUCAUCAGCAGCAGAAGAAGCAUCAGCUCCAGGAGCAGCAGCAGCAGCAACAACAGCAGUUCUUUCCGUCGUCCUUCGCGGCCAAUGCUCCGUUCUCAUCGUCAGCACCUGACCUGGAAGGCAUCCCCAUCUCUCAUCUCCUGAAUUCUCUGGUGGCACACCCGACGCAUCAGAGUGGCAAUCUCAUCGUGUUCGGAGGUGAUCACCACAGCUGCAGUUCAUCCGAUGGCAGCAGCAUACAGAUCGGCUACGGGAGGGACUUCAACCACGGGUUAUAUAAUGGAAGGGAGAACAUGGGCUUCGAGAGCCAUCUCUAUGGCGGGUUGGAGACCGAGAAGCUUCUGCUUGUUGGUGGUGGUGGUGGUGGAUGUGAAGCAUCAUCGAUUGGAUACAGCUUUGGUGAGGUCAAGCCGACCAUCGCUUGUCCAACUGAUGCCUGCCAUGGCCUCUAUCUGGAUGGCAGAAGCGGUGCAGCCACGGACACGAGCUUCAGGAACAUAGCAAGCGCCAUGUACCACUGCUGACUGUAUAAUUACAAGCAUCUGUUUUCCUUUAUUUUCUCCUCCUCCUCCUCCUCCUCCUCCUCCUCCUCCUCCUCCUCGGGAGGAGGGAUAUGAUUGUGUGACUUUGACGGUGCAUGGGCUUCUUCACAACCAGCGUCGGAUAUUGUUCU